AUGGCCGGAGAUUCUAGGAUCUUCAUGAACCAGGACAUGGAUAUCGGAGUUACAUCCAGAGAGCCUAAAAAGAUUCCCAAACAGGCUCGGGAUGAUGUCCCCAUUGCCACUGACCGCACCCGCCUCAUAUCAGCAGAAGGUAAGAAGCCACGUCAGCGUUACAUGGAGAAAAGUGGCAAGUGCAACGUGCACCAUGGAAACGUCCAAGAAACUUAUCGAUACCUUAGUGACCUCUUCACUACACUGGUGGACCUCAAGUGGCGUUUUAAUCUUCUUGUCUUCACUAUGGUCUAUACCAUCACUUGGUUGUUUUUUGGGUUCAUAUGGUGGCUCAUUGCCUAUAUACGAGGAGACCUGGACCACCUUGAAGAUGAGAACUGGAUCCCCUGUGUUGAAAACCUCAGUGGAUUUGUUUCUGCGUUUCUGUUUUCUAUCGAGACUGAGACAACAAUUGGGUAUGGCUAUAGGGUGAUAACGGAGAAGUGUCCAGAAGGCAUUGUACUGCUCCUCAUCCAGGCUAUUCUGGGCUCCAUUGUCAAUGCGUUCAUGGUGGGAUGCAUGUUUGUCAAGAUCAGCCAACCAAAGAAGAGGGCUGAAACCCUCAUGUUUUCUAACAAUGCAGUGAUUUCCAUGAGGGAUGAGAAGCUUUGUCUCAUGUUCCGGGUUGGAGACCUCCGCAAUUCCCAUAUUGUCGAGGCUUCCAUUAGAGCCAAAUUGAUUAAGUCCAAACAGACCAAAGAAGGAGAGUUCAUCCCCUUGAACCAAACGGACAUCAACGUGGGAUUUGACACUGGAGACGACAGAUUGUUCCUGGUGUCACCUCUUAUCAUCUCGCAUGAAAUCAAUGAGAAAAGCCCCUUCUGGGAGAUGUCCCGCACCCAGCUGGAGAAGGAAGAGUUUGAAAUCGUGGUCAUCCUGGAAGGAAUGGUGGAAGCAACUGGGAUGACUUGCCAGGCUCGCAGCUCCUACAUGGACACCGAGGUGCUGUGGGGACAUCGCUUCACUCCUGUCCUCACCCUGGAGAAGGAUUUUUAUGAAGUCGACUAUAACAGCUUCCACAGCACUUACGAGACCAACACUCCGGUGUGCUGUGCCAAAGAGCUGGCCGAGUCUCGCCGGGAAGGCCAGCUCCUCGGCCACCUCUCCAGUGCCACCCUCCUGAGCGGAGGCAGAGACGCAGAGACAACAAAAGAGGAAGAGGAAGAAGAGGAAGAAGGCAGGGAGCCAGCAGGAUUGAAUGGAGCCAAUGGGACAGCAGGAGAGGUGAAAGAAGAUCUACCUGUAUAA